AUGGAGGUGGAUGAGCUGAAAUCCCACACACUGAGCCAGGCGCCGCAGCAAGCUGUCACAGAGAGAGCAACUUCAGCGCAGAGUUCCACUGGUGAGCUUCCAGAGGCUUUGACAACAUUUCCAGCAUAUGGCGAUGGGGAAGAAAUUCUCCUGGUGGAUGAAGUUGACGUCUUCUUUGGGAGCGAUUUCUAUGGUCAAACCCACAAUCAAGUGGCUGUUCUGGCUUUUCUGGAGGUUCAGGCGCUUUUGAGGGAGAUUUGGAAAAACAGGGACAAUGCAGCAAACCUGCGUGCUUUCAACCAGCAGGUCUUUGAGUGGAAGGAGUUCAAAGCUUUGCUGCAGAAAUUCCCAGAUUUUUCCGACAUGGUGAAAUCAGAGGUGACCCAAAUGUGUGCCGACAUGAAGGACCACCUGGAGACAGGCAACGACUACAUCUUCAAUGGGUCCAAGAUUGGCUACAAGGUCAUGGAUGGCAUUGCAUACGAUGUGGUGAAGGGCUACAAGACAGCGUUUGCAUACUUGCAAGAAGCGAGCAAAGGCCAUGUAGAUGAAGCCAUUUUGCAGAAGGUCUUGGCGCUUCGAAUUCCAUGUUGCCGUUUCUCCUAUGCAAACUUGGGUUCGUCCCCAAAGAUCUUGGGAGUGUCGGGAACCAUUGAAGCCCUCGGCAAGUACGAAUGGACGGUGAUGCAACGCUUUGGCAUCAGCAGCUACACGCUGGUUCCAUCCGUCUAUGGCCGCAACAACUUUGCAUUCCUGAAUCAAGCCCAUGGUAUGCCCAUCACUAUUUCGACUGACAAGGACCACUCCUUUGACAUCUUCACCCAGGUCACCAAGAAGGUUCAAGAGGAUCGCGCGGUCAUUGUCUUCUUUCGUGAUGUGCAGCAGGUCAUUGAUUUCAUGCAGUCGACUUACUACAGCAAAGUUGUGAACAAGAACGCUCUUCUUCCAAAUCUUCUUGAUGCGGACAAGGACUGGAUCGCCAAAAAAGCGGCCACCAAUCGCCAGGUGACAUUCGCUCCUGCAAUUUUUGGCCGUGGCACGGACUUUUGCUGUUUUGACGAAAAACUCGAGCAGGCCGGCGGGGUGCACAUCAUCCAAGCCUUCUUCUCAGACGACGAGAGCGAAGAGGUUCAAAUUCAGGGCCGCACAGCCCGGCAAGGGAAAAGUGGUACCUACUCCAUCAUUUUGGCUGACUCGGAGGUGAAAGACUUGGGUUUGGAUCCGGCCAGCCUGCGCAAUAUGCAAGCCCAGGCAUGCUAUGGGGCACUCUGUCAGGCAAGGGAGAGGAAACGAGAUCGUUUUGUUAAAGAAAUGGAAGCGAAGUUGAAGAAAGCCAACGCCUUUGAUUCCAAAUCUCAUGCGUACUUGGAUGCCCUCCUUGCCGGAGAUUCUUGCCUGGCAACAGACCGACUCAAAGACUUGUACCGGCAACUCGGUCGUGCAGGCCUGCGUGCAGCAGCUGCAUACCACUUUGUAUGCUGCUACGAUGAGUCUGGAUCAAUGAGAGGGCCUCCGUGGCAGCAACUGAAAGCAGCGCAUUCUGCAUUCAUGCAAAAACUGCAGCACCAGCCUUCAGCGAAAGUAUCAAUUGUCCAGUUUGACUGUUCAUCCCGCACUGUCUUGGAGUUUGGUGACGCGGCUCAGGCGGCUCGAACCAAUUUAGAGGGCAACUGGGGAGGCACUUGUUUUGAGCCAGCGCUGGGAGAAGCCCUCAGACUGAUGCGUGCCGGUUCUCAGAAGUUCUUAUCGCUGACGCCUGUCUUACUCUUCAUGUCUGAUGGCGAAAACAUCGAUGGAGAUUGCAUCCAGACCAUCACCAACAUGCAGCGAGAGUUUCCUGCCUUGGUGUUCCAUGCGGUGAUCUUCAGGAAAUCGGACUCUGCCAGGCUUCGAGGGAUGGUGGGUGCCGCAUCCAAUGGCCAUUUCCACAUCUCCAUCAACGGUGUUCAGCUGGUGGAGACCUUCUCCAGCAUCGCCAGCAGCCUGGAGUACACGGGCCGUGUGACAAGUUGCACAACAUCUUUGGCCGAGCGGGAGCGGGUGGCCAAGCGCCAGUUGUCAAAAUUUGUCAAGCAGCAGGUCUUCCCAAAGCUUGGACCAAGAUCAGUUCGCGUCUUCACGGAGCGAGAUGAAAUGGCCAGCAUCCCAGGCACAUCGCCACCCUUAUCCUACCACACUCUGGUGGUGAAUGCUGGUGAGCCACGCUCAAAAUCUGAUCCACCUGGAUUUGUAGCUUUGAGUUCGUUGCUUGCAGCGAACGUUGUAACGUUUGGAUGUUGGAGUGUUGCAAACGGUCGUGAGAAUGGCCAGAUGCGGAACACGAUGCUGGGACACUUUUUGUGUAGUCGAUCGCAUCUUCAGAAAGGGCGUUGGCACACACUGCUCACAUCAUGCAUUUUCCAUCAGCGCCCAGCGCAUUGCAUUUUCAACACCUGUGCUCUCUGGACGGUUGGACGGAUUGCAGCCGAACAUUUGACAAACGUCGAGCUGGCUGGUUUGUUUGCAGCCUGUGGCCUUGGGUCUAGCACUGGCCACGUGCUUCUACACCGUCGCCCAGUGUUGGGUGCUAGCGGCAUGUUGAUGGGUGUAUUCACGACCAGCAGCAUGCUUCAACCAGAGCGUCGACUGUCAGUUGUGGCACCUUUCGAGGGUUGGAUGCCAAUCGCAGACUUGACACAUUUGUUUGUUGGAGUAAAUUGCAUUGGAUUUGCCUUGCGGCGCUCCCCGCUUUUUCAACAUGUUGCCUGGGCAGCGCAUAUUGCGGGAGCCGCUGCUGGAUAUGGUGUGGGAUGGCUGUCUUACUUUGCAGGAGAUAAACGUUUUGCAGAUCCGUUGGCCAUCCAUAAGAAGAUCGCCAGAAUGAUGCUCGACACGACUACGAGUAGGGCGGGCAGGACUGCAACUGCCACCGAUUUCCCGUGUCGCUUCAUGGCCAUUGCCUCAGGAGCCUUCGUCUUGCCAGAGCCCGCCCAUCCCCAGUCCCGACGAAGUUUGCUCACAGGAGCGCUUUUUGCUGGACUCCCGAUCGCUAGCUUGAUUGAUCCUGAACCCGCAGCAGCUCGUAUAGUGACAUUAGGUUUGCCGUGCCGCUGCUGCGAACGCGAUUGGUGUGCCACUUCGUGUGUGGAAGCCAGCGAUGGUUUCGAGACGAAGUGCAACUGCCACGAGUUUUUGAGCGAGUUGGUCUCCUCGGAACAGAAGGUGGUAUCUGGUGGCCUCUACAAGUUGCCGGCAGAUGCCUCGAGAGCGAGACUGGAUGCAAUGGAUGCUGGUCUUGGAGAAGAGGGCUGGGCAAGUCAGCUUGGCUGGAAAGAUGCUAAUUUGCUGAAGUGGAAUCCAGAGGAUGGCUCCCAUUUGAAGGUGAAGACAUCCACGCUGGAUGGAGCUGGAGAAGGGCUAUUCACCACUGAAGCGCUUCCGGCGAACACUGUGUUGCCUCCUUACCAGGGAAAACCCCUGAGUAUUGCAGAGUUUCGGACGAUGCGGGGCACCAGAGACAUGGACUACGUUUGGUGCCCACUGAGAGAAGAGGGGUUGUUCAAUUUCACCGACGAUCAAUUAGUCGCGGCAGAGAAGGCUGGAGCUGCCACCACUUUUUGCAUCGAUGGACGAGAAACAGCCGAAAAGAAUCCCACUCGAUAUAUCAACGCAGCACGGUCAAAGGAGCAGUGUAAGAAGGUGAACGUGAAGAUUUGCGAGUUUGGUGAUGUUGCAUAUUUCAGGACCACCAAGGAUGUGAAGAGAGGAGCCGAGCUCAUCACAGAUUAUGGCAGCGAAUAUUGGGAGGACUUUGAAGGUUGUUGA